GCCGGGCUGCCAAGGGCGGUGGCCGGGGCUGGGCGAGGCUCCGAGAGCGCCCCAGAGUCUGUUCCUCGCUGCGCUCCGCGGUCCGCUCCUCUACUGCAGCCAUGUCGAAGUUCCCCACGUCCCCGACGGAAACGGAGCGCUGCAUCGAGUCCCUGCUGGCCGUCUUCCAGCGCUACGCCGGGCGCGAAGGCGACAAUUGCACGCUCUCCAAGAAGGAGUUCCUCAGUUUCAUGAACGCCGAGCUGGCUUCCUUCACAAAGAACCAGAAGGACCCAGGAGUCCUGGACCGGAUGAUGAAGAAGCUCGACUUGAAUUGUGACGGGCAGCUGGACUUCCAGGAGUUCCUGAACCUCAUUGGGGGCAUCGCGCAGGCUUGCCACGUUGCACUGUGCGUGCAGGCUCCCCCCGGCCACCACCACACCAAGAAACUGUGACCCCGCCCAACCCACACCUACAGCCCAGCAAACAUUCCCGAUGCACCCUGUGCAAGACCAACAGUCAGCUGCAGACCUGCCCCCAGCGUGUGUGUGUGUGUGUGGAGGGGCUCUCCUUGCUUUUAUAUCAGUAAAAGAAUGGUAUAAAAAUUC